ACAGAAAUACCACAUAACCGGCCGACAUGUCAAUUGAUAAGGAUAACAAAAAAAUAUUGAUAGAGCCAACAACGCGACAAGGAACAAAUAUGAUAAACUAUUAGCAUUACAAACACGAUCCGUAUUUGUCAUCAGUCGAGUUGUAUUGCUUUGUUUGUUUCAGUCCGCGCCCAGGCGGCGUCGCCAGCCAGUCGGGACUCCGCUCGGCGCGCAAUAAGUCAGGUUUUUAUUCACCGCAGCCGACGACCUUAGCCUAACGGUACGCCGAGAACAAACAAACACUUGACGGGAGAAAGCGGUGAGCAUUUCUAGCGCGGUGAAAGCAUUCAGCGUCAGUAGACAGCCUGUUGUGCGGACGCGCACACGAUCCUCCAAAUAACCUCAAAAUGUCGCUGAUCAUAGCGUCCGUGGCGGUGGCCGCCGCGGCCCUGCACUGGUACCUCAACAGGCACAAGCCCAUCAAGCACAUUCUCAAAGAGCUGAAGCACGACCUCGACACCCAGGGCGCCGGCCUCGGCGGACUCAUCGACGACUGGUGGAACAAAGGGAGAAACAACAUACAGCUGCCCGAUGCAACGAGGAGGAUAGCAAUAGUGACUGGGGGAGCGAGAGGCAUCGGCACAGAAGUCGUGCGCGGCCUGCUCAAGGCGAAUAUGACCGUUGUUAUCGGGAUCAGAAGGCCCAAAUUGGCAGAGCAGAUGGCUAAGAACUUCGAGAAUGGGGGCAAUUUGCAAGCAGUCGAAUUGGAUCUGCAGUCACUGAAGUCUGUGAAGUCAUUCGCUGAAAAUAUCCUGAAGAAAUACCCAGUGAUUCAUUUGUUAGUAAACAAUGCGGGAAUUAUGUUUGGUGAUUAUAAACUGACGGAAGAUGGGUUUGAAUCACAGUUAGCUGUAAAUCACCUUGGACACUUCUACUUGACGCACCUUCUGUUGCCAGCUUUGAAGAGGGGUGGAUCUAUUGGCGAGUUCUCCAGGGUAGUGAAUGUGACGUCAUGCGCCCACCACCCAGGGACCAUUUACUUUGACGACAUAAAUAUGAAGAAGUACUAUGAUUCUGCUUCAGCAUAUUUUCAAUCUAAAUUAGCUCAGUUAAUGAGCGCCAGAUACAUUAACAAACUAAUGGAAGAAGAGAACAGUCCUGUGAGGUGUUACUCAGUUCACCCGGGCAUAGUGAAGACAGAUCUAUUUAAUGGAACCAUGUUCCAGCGGCUCUUCCCCUGGGCUAUGGACAUGUUCUUCAAGACCCCAGAAAAAGGGGCAGUCUCUAUUCUCUAUGGCUGUUUUGAAAAGAGUUUGGACAAGCAAGGAGGCCUCUACAUCAGCAACUGCCGAGAAGGAAUUAGCAACAGUUUUUCCAAAAAGGUUGACAAUCAAAGAAGACUACAUGAGUUGUCAUGCAAGUUAAUAGGAGUUGAUGUUGCAAAGUAUGGAAAAGACUUGAGUUAAUCAUAAUGUUGUUUGUGACUUAUUUGUGUUACCAUAAUUAACAAUUAAUUAAUAUCUGUAUUAGAAAUUGCAUUUAAUAAUAAACCAUAUCAAUUUAUGCACUUAAUUAAUGAUUUAAUGAUAAACCAAUGACAUUAGUGAACUUAUUUACUGUAAAACAUUCAUUAUUUAAUAAGACUAACUUAAUAAAUAUUAUAUUCUUAUUUAAAU